UAUGCGACUCGCUUUCCCGAACCUAAUAGUUCUUGCUAUUGCCCGAAGUUUAGCCGGGAUCACAGCUAGUGGAACCUUUAUAGUGAUCACAAUAUACUUAAGGGAAAUUAGUCAGAAUGAUAUUAUAGCGACACUAGGUUCAUUGCCGACGCUUUUGCAAAAUUCAGGCUUUUUGCUAAUGUUUAUCAUAGGAGCUACAUGUGAUUACUAUCGAAUGUUGUGGAUCUUCCUAUUACUGCCAUGUAUAUGCGCAGUUUUAUUUCUGGCUAUUCCCGAAUCACCGGAUUAUCUCGUUAAACAUGACAAAUUGGACCACGCUCUCGAAACCAUUGCCUUUCUAAGAGGUCUAACUAAAGACCAUCCAAUAGUAAAAGCGGACGUUGAAUUCAUGAAACGAAUAGAAGAUGAACAUAAGCUCUUGCCAAAGAUUAGUUUCAAAGUUAUACUGCGCGAUAAAGCAUGGCGUCGGGGCUUUUUAAUAUGUCUUGUUGUAUUCACGAUACACGCGUGGAACGGAGCUUUCACAAUAUUAGUGUUCGCUGAGUCUAUAUUAAAGGAGGGACAUUUUAAUAUCAUACGUGCCGAAUAUCAAACAAUCAGCUUUCCCUCGUGUAUGAUUGUCGCUUCGCUUUGCUUUAUAUGUAUCGCUGAAAAAUGGGGCAGACGGAAUCUGCUAGCUACUUCUUUCACAGUUACGAUGAUAGCUUUUAUCAUCUUGGGCAUUGGUCUAAAGAUUCAUCUCUGCGGCUAUUGCAUUCCUAACUUCCUGCCAUUUCUAUUGAUGAUAGUUGUGGUUGUUAUGUAUUCUGGCGGGAUUCGACCACUACCCUCCAUAAUUGCCACUGAGAUGUUCAGCUUUCAGAUUCGGGCAAAAGUAAUAGGUCUUCUCAUCGCUUAUUCUUGGGUGGUGGUCUCCACACAACUUCUAGCGUAUGGACAUUUAGUUGAUACUAUCGGGCUUCCAUUCACAUUCAUUCUCUUUGGUUUCAUGAAUUUUAUUGGCCUUGUAUCUUCCCUCCUCCUCCCAGAAACGAAGGGACGAAAUGUUGAAGAAAUCAAAAAAUUGUUAUUGCAGGGGAAGUCGUCUUAAAUA